AUGCACAUCUCCCAAAAGCUGUAUGAGGGCCAGAAGAAUGGCAAGCCCUCCUUCUCCUUCGAGUUCUUCCCGCCGAAGACCGCGCAGGGUGUCCAGAACCUCUACGACCGCAUGGACCGCAUGCACGGCCUGGGCCCGACCUUCAUCGACGUGACCUGGGGCGCCGGCGGCCGCAACUCCACCUUGACCUGCGAGAUGGUCAAGGUCGCACAGUCUGUCUACGGUCUGGAGACCUGCAUGCACCUGACCUGCACCGACAUGGAAAAAUCCAAGCUGGACGAAGCGCUGCGCGAAGCAUAUAACGCGGGCUGCAAGAACAUUCUGGCGUUGAGGGGAGACCCUCCGCGCGAGAAAGAGAAGUGGGAGGCUACCGCCGGCGGCUUCCGCUACGCAAAGGACUUGGUCAAGUACAUUAGGGACACCUACGGCGACCACUUCGACAUCGGCGUGGCUGGUUAUUCCGAGGGCUGUGAGGAUCAGGAUGACCCCGAUCUUCUCCUGGACCACUUGAAGGAAAAGGUCGACGCUGGUGGCACGUUCAUCGUGACGCAGAUGUUCUACGACGUCGACAUCUUCCUUGACUGGGCCAAGAAAGUGCGCGCCAAGGGCAUCAGCGUCCCCAUCGUCCCCGGGAUCAUGCCCAUCAACACGUACGCCGCGUUCAUGAGGCGUGCGACUUGGACAAAAUGCCGCGUUCCGCCGGAUUGGCUGGAGGCCCUCGAGCCGGUCAAGAAUGACGAUGCCGAGGUGCGUGAGAUCGGCAAGCACCUGAUCGCUACCAUGUGUCGCCGGCUGAUGGAGGCUGGCAUCAUUCACCUGCACUUCUACACUAUGAACUUGGCCCAAUCCACGCGCAUGGUUCUGGAGGAGCUCGGCCUUACUCCGGAUAUGUACAGCCCGCUCGAAAAGCCUCUGCCUUGGCGCCAGUCGCUCACUCCCGGCCGUCGCGAGGAGAAUGUCCGUCCCAUCUUCUGGAGGAACCGCAACCGGUCCUACGUUGUUCGUACUCAGGAUUGGGACGAAUUCCCCAACGGACGCUGGGGUGAUUCAAGGUCGCCUGCCUUCGGCGAGCUGGAUGCUUACGGCAUUGGUCUGAAGGGCACCAACGAGCAGAACAUCAAGCUUUGGGGCAUGCCCAAGACCGUACGGGACAUUUCCAACCUCUUUGUCAGGUACAUGGAAGGCAAGCUCGACAGUCUUCCGUGGAGUGAGCAGCCAAUCACCUCCGAAGCCGAUGUGCUCAGGGACAACCUCGUCAACCUGAACAAGCGCGGGCUGCUUACCAUCAACUCGCAGCCUGCUGUCAACAGCGCCAAAUCCACGCAUCCUGUGCAUGGAUGGGGUCCCAGCAAUGGAUACGUGUACCAGAAGGCCUACCUGGAGGUUCUUGUCUCUCCCGAACUGAUCGCGGAACUGAUCACCCGGAUUGAGCGCGACCCGGAGAUGACCUACUAUGCCGUCAACAAGGCCGGGGACCUCAAGACCAAUGCCCCAAGCGAUGGUCCCAAUGCUGUCACCUGGGGUGUCUUCCCUGGUAAAGAGAUCGUUCAGCCCACCAUCGUUGAGACGAUCUCCUUCCUUGCCUGGAAGGAUGAGUUCUACCGCCUUGGAGAAGACUGGGCCAAGUGCUACAGCUCCGUCAGCCCGUCUCGUUACGUGAUUGAAGAUCUCAUGGACACCUGGUACCUUGUCAACAUCGUGCACAACGACUUCCAUAUCGACAACGGCAUUUUCGCUCUCUUUGAAGGUCUCGAGGUGAAGGAUCUCGACAAGGAACCUCAUGUAGCGGCGGACUCGGAGACGAACGGACACACGACGACCAACGGUGCCGCCCACACCAAUGGCGACAGCAAGAUCUCGGGCACGGUGGUCAACGGCAACUCAACAUCAGCAGUCCAGAACGGAACUGCCAACUAA